AUGUCGAAUCCUACCCCAGCCCAAGAAGAAUUCAACGCCCUGCUCGCAGCUCAGUCUCGCGACAACAGCAGAGUACACCCAGAGGAUCGGGACUACGACCGCCGCGAGCAAGACAGUCUCGACCUUGACGAAGAAGACAUCUACCGAAACUCACAAAUCGACGCCGCCAUGCGCAUCCCAACACUAGGCCACACCGGCUCUGACUUGAAGCUGCCCCCCGCCAGCUUUGAUGCCGGCCGUACGACUGGCGUCAAGGGUGUCAUCGCCGAUGCCCGCAACUACGAGAAUGCUCGCAAGACCUCUUUCAUAAGCCGAGCCCGCACUACCGUGCGCCGCUCUAUCUUUGGCAUUGAGGGCCUCUCACAGCCCCAGCAGUCACGCAAGAGCGAGAGCGAAACGGAUGAUGGCAACAACAGUGACUCACAAGACGAAGAGUCCUUCCUGGCACAAUGGCGUGAGAGCCGACGAAGGGAGCUGGAGAGUGAAUCCAACAAGGUUAUCCGGAACCGGAGAACAAGUCCAAGUGUCCGCAUCUACGGUCGUCUGGAUAAGGUUGACGCUCUGGGCUACCUCGACGCCAUUGAGAAGGUUGCGCGGGAUACUGUCGUUGUUGUUUUCGUCUAUGAUCCCGAGUGUGAUGUAUCGGCAACGAUAGAAGCUGCCAUGAUGCCGCUUGUCUCCCACCAUGCAACAGUCCACUUUGUCAAGGUACAUUACCUCGACAUCGAGUUCGAUAACGCCGCUGUCCCCUCCAUCCUGGCAUACCGCAACCAGGGUGACAUGUUCGCCAACCUAACAGGAAUCAUUGAAAUGAUUCCCGACGACGAGGCGUUCGGCACUGACACCUUGACGCGGUUGUUCGAAAAGCACAGUAUCCUAUGA